GCUAUGGAGCCAGUAAGAGAGGGGAACUGCACGGCAGUGGCAGAAUUCAUCCUGCUGGGGCUUGGAAGAGGAUCAGGUUUUCAGAUUGUGCCCUUUGUGACAUUCCUGGUAAUUUACAUAAUAACUAUGCUGGGAAACAGCUUCUUGGUCCUCAUCAUUAGAGCCGACUCCCAACUUCACACCCCCAUGUACUUCUUCCUCAUGAACCUGUCGCUCUUAGACCUCUGCUACUCCACCACCAUCGCCCCCAGAGCCAUGGUGAGCUUCCUAGCAGGGAGAAAAGCCAUUUCCUACAAUAGAUGUGCCACCCAAUUCUUCUUCUUUGCUCUCUUCCUCACCACUGAAGCCUUCUUCCUGGCAGUGAUGGCAUUCGAUCGAUACACCGCCAUCUGCAACCCGCUCCGGUAUCCCACCUCCAUGUCCAAAUGGGUUUGCAUUCAGCUGGUAGUGGGAUCGUAUAUUGGUGGCUGUGUGAAUUCCAUGGUGCAAACAGGCUUCACCUUUACACUGCACUAUUGUGGGUCUAAUGAGAUUGAUCAUUUUUUCUGUGAUGGCCCGCCCUUGAUUAAUCUCUCCUGCAGUGAUACAUACAUCAAUAAUCUUGUGAUGUUUACCUUAUGCGGUCUCAUCAUAGCAAUUACUGCCCUGAUUGUGCUUGUAUCCUACAUCUAUAUCAUCUCAACCAUCCUCAGGAUUCGCUCUGCCGAGGGUAGAAGAAGAGCCUUCUCCACCUGUACUUCCCACAUGAUGGCUGUCACUUUGUUUUAUGGGACCACAGCUUUCAUGUAUGCCCAGCCUACUUGGCUGUCUUCUCUGUACCAAAGAAAAGUGGUGUCUGUGUUUUAUACCCUUUUCAUUCCUAUGUUGAAUCCCCUCAUCUACAGCCUUAGGAACAAGGAUGUGAAAAAUACUUUGAGAAGGACUAUGGGCAAGCAGUGUUUGAAAAAAUAA